AGCAUGUUACAGGCGUGGCUAAUUAAUAUUGUCCUACACGUGACAAUUUCUUCUCCCCUCAUCCCAUUUUUGGUGACACACAGGUACUAUGCAAGUGGACAUAUUUUUAGUUUUACUAUUAGCAGCCCUUGCUGCCUCUGUCAGAGAGGAUGUCCCAAGGGCCACUUAUGUUGUUCCUAACAAACCUCCUGGUGAUAUUUACUUUUGGGAAACUUUUAAUGACAAAGAUGCAGCUCAAAAAAGGUGGGUACAGUCGAAAGCAACUAAAGAUGGAGCUGAUUCAGAUAUAGCUAAGUAUGAUGGUGUAUGGUCGUACGAGAGGCCAACACACACUGGAGCCUUUGAGGAAGAGAUAGGUCUUGUCAUGAAGGAGGCGGCCAAGCAUUACGCAAUAGCUGCGGCAUUGGAUCGUCCUUUUGUCUUUGAGGAUAGCAAAGAAUCAUUUGUAGUACAAUAUGAAGUUAAUUUUCAAGAUACUCUAACGUGUGGGGGUGGUUAUGUUAAGCUUUUGUCGACAUCUAAAGAAUUGAGUCAGUUUCAUGACAAGACCCCAUACUCUAUUAUGUUUGGUCCUGAUAGGUGUGGCCAAUCCUCUAAACUUCAUUUUAUUGUUCGAUUUAAAAAUCCAAAAACUGGUGAAAUAGAGGAAAAACACUGCAAGCAAACCACCACUUCUUUUGAUCACAUCUUCACUGACAAGAUAACUCAUUUGUUCACACUAGUUAUUACUUCUGAUGACAGAUUUUCUAUUGCUAUUGAUCAAGAUGUUGUACUUACUGGUGCUCUUGCGACUGAUUUCACUCCUAGUUUUGUUCCGCCAGUUGAGAUUGAUGAUCCUACUGAUAAGAAACCUGCUGACUGGGAUGACAAGGAAAAAAUACCUGAUCCGGAGGCAGUCAAACCUGAUGACUGGGAUGAGGAUGCUCCUCAAAAGAUUUCAGACCCAAAUGCAGUUAAACCUGAAGGAUGGCUUGACGAUGGUCCUGAAACAAUCCCCGACCCUGACGCCAGCCAACCUGAAGACUGGGAUGAAGAGGAAGAUGGUGUUUGGGAAGCUCCUACAAUCGCUAAUCCUGCUUGUGAGGAAAUUGGAUGUGGCACAUGGACUCCGCCCAUGAUUGCAAACCCGGCCUACAAGGGAAAAUGGCAGCCACCAAUGAUCAGUAACCCUAACUACAUGGGUGUGUGGAAGCCAAAGCGCAUACCGAAUCCGUCACAUUUUGAAUUAUCAGGCAGCAUAUUCUCCCAAUUCACUCCAGUGGAAGCAGUAGGAUUUGAACUCUGGUCCAUGAACAAAGACAUCCAUUUUGAUAACGUCAUCGUUGCUAGGGAACUGGUAUCCGUGUCUGCAUUUUCAGCCGAGAGUUGGGUUAAGAAGUCCGAGAGAGAACGUGUUGCAACUGGUUCUGACUAUCUAGGUCCCUGGAUGGAGUAUGUUAUUGAGAUUGCUAAUGAGAGGCCGUACCUCUGGGCACUAUACGCUGUUGUCUUGGUGCUACCUUUUGUCGUCUGUGCUGCCUGCUGUGUCCGUUCUAAGCCUAAACCAACUGAUGAAGCUGCCAGGAGAAAGAAAACUGAUGCCCCUUCACCAGACGAUCCACCUCCUAAGGAAGACGAAUCAAAGGAAAAGAGUGAUGAUACUUUUGUAGCCUCUUCUGAAGAAGAGGAGAAGGAGAAAGUGGAUGAUGCAAAAGAAGAAACAGAACCUGACAAGGUAGAGAAUGUAGAGCCAGUCACUGAGAAAGAAGAGACAAAACAAGAUGAUGGAUAUCAACUUAGAAAAUCUCCAAGGUGAGGCUUACUGAAUUACUAAAUGAAAGCAGUA